AUGACUGGUUCUGUAGCAAGGAGACCACCCAGUAGUAACCAGAGGGAGCCUAGUGGUUCUGUAGCUCCAGCUCCAAUUCAGCCAUAUGUGUAUAGUUUGAAUCAGCAAGAGGCUCGAGAUGCUCCAGAUAUGGUGACAGAUGUAUUUUCCAAGGAGUUAGUUAGUUUACCUCCGGAUAGAGACGUUGAAUUCUUUAUUGAUGUAUUUUCGGGUACGGCUUCGAUAUCUAAGGAUCCGUAUAGAUUGAUACCAAAGGAGCUUAGGGAGUUGAAAGUUCAGCUCCAGGAGUCAAUGGAUAGAGGAUUUGUUCUUCCAGGUGUCUCUCCUUGGGGAGCACCUAUUCUAUUUCUUGCUGGAUCUUCUAUAUUCUCGAAGAUUGAUUUGAGAUCUAGUUAUUAUCAACUAAAGAAUAGGCUUUGGGUUCCUAUGUCUGGAGAUCUGAGAAAAGAGAUUUUGUAUGAAGCUCAUUACUCAGGCUAUACUAUUCAUCCAGGAAGUAGUAAGAUAUACGGAGAUAUGCAAAGUACAUUUUGGUGGCAUAGAUUGAAAAAGGAUACUACGGAGUUCAUUUUGAAAUGUGAAGCCAGUCAGCUAGUGAAGGCAGAGCAUCAGUGA